GAGAGAGAGAGAGAGAGAGAGAGAGAGAGAGAGCAUUUUUUAUUUUCAUAAAGCUCUCUCAGCUUCUUUUUAUUUUCUCGCAGAUUCUCUUUCUCCUCUCGCAGAUUCAAUCAAGGCAUAAUGGCCGAAGAUCCUUCACAAACUCGCUGGUCCUUUCUGGAUUUUAAAAUGUUUUAUGAUGCCAAGUUUGGUAGAAAAAGGCUGCCGGAGUCGCAAGAUGGCGAAAUGGAUAAACCUGCAAGUAAUGGGGCUGAGACGUCAAAUGGGAGCACACAUGUGAAAAAAACUGCUGACUUGGCCAUCUAUGAACAGUUUCAGAACCAGAAUCGGAGCUCGGUGCACACAAAUGGAGUUUUGUCUGAUGGAACCGAGUGGAGACCCCAGAAGUCUCUGCUUCCUGCAUUUGAAUCUACAGAAAUGCGUAAUUUGGCUGAAAGUUUAAGUAGAGAUAUCAUCCGUGGGAAUCCAGAUGUUAAGUGGGAGAGCAUAAAGGGGUUAGAGAAUGCCAAACGUUUACUUAAGGAGGCAGUUGUCAUGCCGAUAAAAUAUCCCAAGUACUUUACUGGUCUUCUAACACCAUGGAAAGGCAUUCUUCUUUUUGGCCCUUCAGGGACAGGAAAGACAAUGCUUGCGAAGGCUGUUGCAACAGAGUGCAACACCACAUUUUUCAAUAUUUCAGCAUCUUCUGUUGUCAGCAAAUGGCGUGGUGACUCAGAGAAGUUAGUUAAGGUGUUAUUUGAGCUUGCUAGGCACCAUGCCCCAUCAACCAUAUUUCUUGAUGAGAUUGAUGCUAUCAUUAGUGAACGUGGUGGCGAAGGACGUAGCGAGCAUGAAGCAAGUAGGCGUUUGAAAACUGAGCUACUCAUACAGAUGGAUGGUUUAACACGGACAGAUGAACUGGUUUUUGUUUUGGCGGCAACAAAUCUCCCUUGGGAACUUGAUGCAGCCAUGCUCCGGCGUCUUGAGAAGCGAAUACUAGUGCCUCUUCCAGAGCCAGAAGCAAGAAGAUCCAUCCUUGAGGAGCUCCUGCCAUCACAGCCUGAUGAGGAGAAGCUUCCUUAUGAUCUCUUGGUUGAAAGGACAGAAGGUUUUUCAGGUUCAGAUAUUCGGUUACUGUGCAAAGAGGCUGCCAUGCAACCUCUUAGACGUGUAAUGGCGCUCCUUGAAGAGAGACAGGAAGUGGUGCCUGAGGAUGAUUUACCAAAGGUCGGGCCAAUCAGACAUGAAGAUAUAGAGAUAGCUCUAAAGAACACUCGACCAUCUGCUCAUUUGCAUGCUCACCGUUACGAAAAGUUCAAUACCGAUUAUGGUAGUCAAAUUCUCCAAUGAAGGCACACAAAUUGUGAAAUGUACCUGUCCAAGUUUAAUUGGUUUAUCAGGUUGUUAGCAUUUCUUUAACUACCAUAAUUUUCAAGCAGCGUAUUUAUUGAGAACAAAGUAGAAUGCCUAAUUAUCAGCUGUUUCAAGUGCUUCGACUUUGCAAAUAGCUCAAUUAUUUGUCUUCUCUUUAGCAGUAUUUAUAUUUCAGUGAGCUGGUUUGACUGGAUCUGAAAGAAAAAAGAAUAAUUUUCUGUUUGCACC